UCCAACAGUGCUUUGACAAUGACUCUCUCUUUCUUUCCAUGUUUUUCGGUUCCCUUAUCCCUCAUAAAGCUUUGUUAACAUCCAUACAACAAAGAAAAGAUCACAGCACCUUUUUCUCUAUCUCUCUCUCUCUCUCUCUCUCUCUCUAUUUCUACUAAAAAGAAAAGAUCAUAGAGCGAGAAUUUCACACACAUACUUGUUAGUCUUCAAGACAACCUCAACUGUAAUAAUGGAAACACAUCAUCAACCCCAAAAGAACACAGAAAACGAUGUGCAAAAGAAAACUGAAGAAGGAGUCCCCAAGGCAGCUUCACCAUCCUCUUCCCCUUCUCAUGAGUUCUCCUUUACAAUCUCUCUCCAUUCUUCUAACGCCACAAUCCUUGACAAAUCCAAAACCCCACCUUCUCUUGCUGUUGAUUUAUCUCCUGCUGAUGACAUUUUCUUCCACGGUCACUUGCUUCCCUUACACCUCUUAUCUCACUUCUCUUCUUCUCCUCGCUUUUCCACCAACUCCGUCGACAGUUUCACUCUCCCCAUCAGAGACUUCUUAGAAGACGAAAAACGUACCAGCUGCAACACCAGCACCAGGAGCAACAUCACCAUAGACAGCAUUACCAACUCCAACAACAAAGAAAACCACAACAAUAGAGUCACAAAGGAAGAAACCAAGUCCAAGCCUGGUUUCUCAUUGUUUGGGUCAUCAAAAGGGCGUAAAGGGUGUCCGGUUAGAGACAAGGAAGAUAAAGAGAAUAGUAAGCACAAGAAGAAACUCGGGUAUGAUGUGAUGCAUGCACUGAAGAAGUACUUGAGAAUGGUGCAGCCACUAGUGCUUUUCAGAGGGAAAAGAGAAAAGGUACAGUUCCAUGGACAGGCUUAUUCUCAUUCAGGGAAUUUGAUUCGGAAAACCAAGCCUGAAUUGAGAGGAAGAAGAGGUGAGUUUUCAGCACCGGCAUCCAUGAGAACUUCUCCAUCAAACAGCGGUCUUCUCCUUGCAACCGCUGCUCUUCCUCCUUCCAAUGACAGCACCAUGGAAGAGUUGCAAGCAGCCAUUCAAGCUGCUAUUGCUCACUGCAAAAAUUCUAUUGCAAAAGAAGAGAAGCUCAAUUGCUGAUACGCACGUGGUAGAAAAUAUUUUUGUUACUAGUUUUGCUCAUUAUUGUCGUAGCUUUGGUGUUUUAUAGUAUUUUAGUAAUGUUAAAUCUACGUCAGAAGAUUGUUACA